AUUGCACACGCAGUUUGAUUGAAGGUCGCCAUUUUGCUUCGAUUUUUGCGUUUCAUUUUGGUCAUUAAUCGUUGGAUAUUUGAAUGUUUGUCAUCAAUAAACUGCUGAACGGUAAUCCAGAAAGCGGGCUGAGUUAGCUGACACAACGUUAGGGGAAAUUAAGCCAGAUAAAACUAGUUCACAAUGGCUGAGGCUCCAGAGAGAACAACUGUGACAAAGGAAGUAGAAAAAACCAAAGACAAAGAAGGGAAACUGAUGGAGACAAUGUCAUCACCUGAGAUGGCCCCUCUGAAGCCUGAGGAAGCUACAAACAAGUCUCUUCUUAAGCAUAUCUCAGAGGAAAUGAAUGAGCUCUCAAUUAAGGUAACAACCAGGAUGCUACCUGGUGAGUUACACUCACUGAUGGAGAAAUUGAUCAAGGAGCAGACACGGCUUGUUGACUUCCAACAAGAAAUGGCUACAAGUGUAUACCAAAGAACAGCUGUCAGUCAACUGGAUCAUUAUUCAUCAAGACCUUUGCCAGAAUUAGAUGUUCUUUUGAGUAAGAUCCACUUGGUGUCAUUAAAGCUGAAUCUACAUAGUAUAAAAUCUGUUGAUGAAGCUCAAAUGAAAACAGACACCAAACUAUCAGAGAAACAAGAUCAUUACAAAUUGAAAGCGGCUCAUUCUAAUCUAGAGUCAACACUGAAUGGUCUUGGUUUGGAACUGUUAGCUUAUAGUAACACAUCAUCACAGUUCAGAAGUUACAAAAACAGUAAACUAAAAGAUACAAAACAGUGCAUGAUAGAAGGUGUAUACUACUGCCAGCAAAUGCUAGUUGAUGAUUUCCAAGAGUUGGUUCCACAGACCCUACUGGUAAAGGAGCCUGCCUAUCAAGAGCAGUACAUGAAGAAUCUGAAUGUGCUCAUUAACACACAGCAGCAAUUGGUUCAGAACCUCACAGAUCUGCAAAAUCAGAAAGAUGAUCUACCUGCAGGUGAGGUUGGCAAACGCCAAAAUGAACUGGAACUGAUGAUCACAGAACAGACUGGUCUGAUGAAGGAGUCCUCUAAGCAAGAUGAUCUACCUGCAGGGGAGAUUGGUAAACAGCAAAACGAACUGGAACUGAUCACGGAACAAACUGAUUUGAUGAAAAAUUGUUUCUGCUGGGUGCGAUUUCUUGGAGGAGAGCAUGUGUCGCACAUCUUGAUGUUGUUAUAUUCAGUAUAUACCGUGAAUUGUAUGCAUGGUAGGAUGUCCCUUGGUACUGGCUUCUCUUUUAUGCAGCUGGCCCUGGAUUGUGUCAGGGAGAUGUAUGGUGAAUUUGAAGAGUCUGACUACAUUGGAAAGGAAAUCAGGUACAGUCAACAACUAUUCUUGGAUAAAGUGUGGACUAAAAGACAAACUUUAAAGAAAUGGCAAGAAGACCGAACUGAGCAUAUGAGGCGUAUCUCGAAGGGAAUUGAUGAGCUCUCAUAUUCUGUAAAAACAGAGCAGCCUGGUCAGUUAGAUUCAUUGAUGGAGAAAUUGAUCAAGGAGCAGAAACAGCUUGUAAACUUCCAACAAGAAAUGGCUUCAAGUGUAGAACAAAGAGUAAUUGACAGUCAGCUGGAUCAACAGAUAUCAAGAGACAUGUCAGAAUUAUUUGUUCUUUUGAGUAAGAUCCACUUGGUGUCAUUAAAGCUGAAUCUCUAUAUGAUGAAAUCUGUUGAUGAAGCUCAAAUGAAAACAAACACCAAAGUAUCAGAGAAACAACAUCAUGACAAACUGGAAGAGGCUCAUUUUACAUUACAGAAAACAUUGAACAAUCUCGGAUUAGAGCUUAGAAGAAGUUAUGGUAAUAAAUCUUCAAGUGUCCAAAAGUAUGAUACAAAAUGGCACAUGACAGAAAGUGUAUACUACUGCCAACAAAUGCUAGUUGAGGAUUUCCAAGAGUUGGUUCCACAGACCCUACUGGUAAAGAAGCCUGCCUUUCAAGAGCAGUACAUGAAGAAUUUGAAUAUCUGCAAAUGCAGACAAAAGUGA